GACCACGCCCGUGCUGUAGUCGUUGAGUCUCUCGUCCCCCCCCUCUCUGUUUAUCUCUCCCGCUGGCUUUUCCGUUUGUCUCUGUGAGGCUGCUUUGUGGAGAUAUUUGCGACAUUUUAAUCUUGUUGAUGCCAUUCCCAACCCAUCGAAGGAGCAACUAGUAGAUGUUGUGCAGAGGCAUUUCAUGUCACAGGUUGCAGGUGGUGAUGGAACCGCAGGGUGGCUCCUUGGAGUUGUUUCUGAUCUCAAGUUAUCUCAUCCACCAGCAAUUGCAACAGUGCCCUUAGGAACAGGAAACAAUCUUCCAUUUGCAUUUGGCUGGGGGAAGAAAAAUCCUAGGACAGAUGAAAAUGCGGUAAAGUCAUUUUUGUGUCAAGUAAUGGAUGCUAAGGAAAUGAAAAUCGACAGCUGGCAUAUUAUGAUGAGGAUGCGGGCUCCAAAAGAAGGUCCAUGUGACCCUAUUGCUCCUCUGAAAUGGAUAUUUUUUGCUUGCUGUUAUAUGAAUGUUUCUCUUCUUAUUCAGGCUUGCUUAUUCACGAGGUAGCCAAUAUACUUAGCAGUUAUUUUCUAUUUUAUUUAUGUGUCUUUGUUCCUUGCUUUGAUUUUGCAUUUAUGUGAUAGAUUGCAAAACCUUGUUAUGUGCAAGCUAAAAAUCAAGGAUUCAAUAUCACAGUGGAGUGAUUUCUAUGACACAUGGGUCCUUUUUUUA